AUGGAUUACAAAGGACACGCCAACUAUGUGAACUUCAACCCAUCGGGAACAUGUGUAGCGUCUGCAGGUGCUGAUAGUACCGUGAAAGUAUGGGAUAUUCGAAUGAACAAAUUGCUGCAGCAUUAUCAAGUUCACAGUGCAGGCGUCAACAGUUUGUCAUUCCACCCGUCUGGUAACUACUUACUUUCUGCAUCUAAUGAUGGCACUGUGAAGGUGCUUGAUCUUCUGGAAGGAAGACUCCUGUACACACUUCAUGGGCACCAGGGCCCUGUUUUGUCAGUGGCUUUCUCUAGAGGGGGAGAAAACUUUGCCUCCGGAGGGACAGACGCACAGGUUUUAGUUUGGAGGACAAAUUUUGACAAUAAGGAAAUUGUGAAACUGCAACAGAAGAGGUUGUUUCCUGAAGUUCCCCCUCAUUUAAAUGAUAUUUAUCCCCGGUCUUCACACUUCCAUACAAGCACUGAUCAUUCUAUUCAGGUAAGAUUGCUUCUUCCCCAGAAAUAA